GAUUGGUGGAAGAAGGUGUUGAAGUGGGACCCACGCUCAUCUGCGGCCAUUGACUGUUACUUCCGGAGAAGGGAGAAGCCGCGAAAGCUACAGGCUGUGGGGGUCUGGGUCUACGAGGCGUUCCAAUGAAGCCCCCCAUUUCUUUCCGUCCCACGAAUUCUUAACCCCUUCCCUGAAACAUCCUAAUCCCGUUCCACCUCAAACCAUCCUCCACACCAUCCCCGAAGUCAAAUCGGACGCAGUUGCAGGUAUAAUUGAUCUGUUCCUUACUUCUUACCCGCAGAUUUCAGUGGCAGUAUGAGGCCGGGAACUCUGAGCGUUGGAGAAUGUUCGAGUUCUACUUCAUUGAGCUCUCAUCAAGACAUUGACGAUGAUCGCAUGAUUGCUGUUGCAUUAACGGAAGAGUACGCUAAGCUAGACGGUGGUGUUGCCAGACGCCUCUCCAACCUUGCCCCUAUUGCUCAUACUCCAAGGGUAAAUUUGUACAUCCCCACCCAAAGUGAUGCGAGUUUGGAGUAUCAUAGGCUUCUUCAGAGGCUAAAUGUCUAUGGUUUGCAUGAAGUGAAGGUCUCUGGAGAUGGAAAUUGUCAGUUUCGAGCACUUUCAGAUCAGCUGUACAAAUCACCUGAGUAUCACAAGCACGUGCGGAAAGACAUUGUAAAGCAGCUAAAGGACUACCGUUCUCAAUAUGAAGGUUACGUUCCAAUGAAGUUCAGUCGUUAUUACAAGAAAAUGGCGAAAUCUGGUGAAUGGGGGGACCAUGUUACCCUUCAAGCAGCAGCUGAUAAGUUUGCUGCAAAGAUUUGCCUCCUUACGUCAUUUAGAGAUACUUGUUUCAUUGAAAUUGUUCCACAAUCACAGACUCCUAAGCGUGAGCUCUGGUUAAGUUUCUGGUCUGAGGUUCACUACAAUUCACUUUACGAAAUUCAAGAUGUUCCAGUUCAACAAAAACCAGGAAAAAAACAUUGGUUGUUCUAGUUAAACAGAUUGAUGUGAGUAUAGAUAGCAUCCUAGAUAUGUGAGUACUACACUACAAAGUUCUUGUGUUUUUUUUUUUUUUGGAAAAAAAGAACGGAAAACCAUAUGAUUGAUCUUUAUAUAUAUAGUUUUAUGUAAAUAGUUCGUCAUACACAUACAUUGCCUUGUAUUAGUGCACUAUAGAUCCAAUGAACUCUAUGAUAGAAUUAUAGUCACAUUAUGAAC